AGGUUUCUAAGGCACGUAAUCUGGGUCAAAGGUCAUUUGGAUGAUGAACGUGCGCCCGCCGGCAAAAUGUGGCGAACGACUACACAAACUUCGAGUAAAAUCAAGUGUGCCUGUAGUUUUGCUGGGCGGAGCCUAAAGGUGCCAGCCAGAUGUCAGUUGUGUACAAAGACAGAAGCCCCUCCCCCUCAGCCACCUCUACCACCGAGAAGAUCCGGCCGCCGCUUUCUGAAGUUUCUGGCGGGUUCUGUGCUAGUGACUGGUGGGACGUUUGUCGGAGCGGUCGCCUAUGGCAGAGCUAACCCUGAAUUCCGCAAGCAGGUGGAGAGCAACUGGCCUAUUCUUCUCGGAAUCUCUCCGUAUCUCUUCAAGGAUGAUGAUACUAUUUUUGAGGGUCUACCAGCACUAAAGACUACUAGUCCUUCACAAAUGCCGGCAUUGCUUUUCCAAGAUACUAAGCAAGAAGUGAAGGAAGUUGUCAGUGAGAAGACAGGCCCUGUAGCUCAGGACAAUCCAGCAGAGGUUGUAGGCUCAGACAAGGAUAAAGAAUCUGCAGAGUUGAGGACGGCAGAAGAGGAAUCGCGGCUGGAGAGGUUGCGGAGGGAGCGAGAGGAAGAGCAAAGAGCCAAGGAGUUACAUGAGAAGAUGAUUGAGCAGGAGAUUGAUGAUGCAGCUGAUCUGGCUGCUUUUGAAACCAUCAUCGACACCAUAACAGCGAGCAGUGCUCAACUCACCCAGGAUGCUAUCGACGCGCAGAAGAAAGCGGUCGUCUUAACAGAAGAGCACCGAGACAGACUCAAAGAAGCCAUGGAUGAACCCCAGAGUGACACAGCUGACAAGCGAGCGCAGUGGACGAGGGUCGUGGAGGCCGCGGAGGCAAAAAUCCAGGCGUUGAAAGUAGCAGACGACUACGCGCAAGCUGCCAAGCUGGAGCUUGAAAAACUUCAAGUUGUGAUUGCGGACAGCCAAGAGAAGAAACCUAGACUUGGUACCAGUCCAACCAUCACUGAUGCAGCCAAACACCUGAAGGACAUGACCUACGACCUAGAUACUGCCACAGCUGAGGUGGUGACAGCUCAGACUGAAUCCAACAUCCUGAAGGAAUACCAUGACUUGAUCCAAGAAGGGAAGGAACAAUUUACUAAGGAGCUGAGGAGCCUCAUGCCAGAAGUCAAGCUGGGAGAAAAAGGCAAGAAACUGACUGAAGACGAGCUGAAUUCCUUGAUUGCUCACGGUCAUCGUCGCAUUGAACAGCUGCAGCAUCAGCUAGCUGAGCAACAGGCCUUGGAACAACGACGAUUGCAAGAAGCCAUAGAGAAACAGAAGACGGAACUAGAGCAGGACACGGUGGAUGCUAUCAAUAGAGAGCUGGAGAGGAAGGAAGGAGUCUUUGCUGUGGAUCUUGAGAAAAAGAUGGAGGAGGUCAUGAGAGAGAGUGAGAAAGAAAUGCGUGUUCAGCUUCGUCGCCAGGCGGCGGCCCACAGCGACCACCUCGCUGACGUGCUACGACAGCAGGAGCUGGAGUUUGAUAAGCAACUACAGCAACGUGAGCAGGAUGUACGCAUCCAGGAACAGAAUCAGUACCAUCAGAAGCUCGUGGGUGCUCUGGCCACGCUGAAGGGUGUACAGUCAGCCGUGGAAGGCCGUGCUGGCAUGGAGAAACAGGUCCAGAAAGCACAAGAACUCUGGUUGGCAUGUGAAAACUUGAAGAGAACCAUUGCAUCAGGUGACACCAUCUCGGCACCAUUAGCCAAUCAGAUCGUAGCUGUGACUGAUGCCGCUGAAGACAAUGCCUUCGUGGAUGCCGUCGUCAAAUCAAUUCCCGAGAAAGCUCUGAUUCAAGGAGUACAGACCGAGGAAGCCUUACGCCAACGUUGGGAAGACGUCAACAGAGUCUGUCGUCGCGUCUCUAUGGUUGACGAAUCAGGCAGUGGCCUCGCCAAGUAUCUUCUCUCCUUCCUACAAUCCUUGCUCAUCUUCCCCCAGAGGACCCCAUCGACUCCGCUCCCAAAUCAGGAGAUUGACCCGGACACUUUAGACACAUUUCGACUGCUAGACUUUGCUAGUUACUACAUCGAGCAGGGUGACCUGGAGCAGGCCGUGCGUUACAUCAACCAGCUCCAAGGCAUGCCACGCAAGGUGGUUGCUGAUUGGCUGAGAGAGGCUAGGUUGCUAUUGGAAACCAGUCAAGCAGCCAAUGUGCUGUCAGCACAUGCUUCCGCAUCAGGUCUGGGUGGUCUUAAAUUUUGAGUGACGAAUUAACGACAGUAGAUUUUCAAUAAAUUAGUUUUAUCGGUGGACUAAGCCAAAUUGCCUAUUUCACAAUUGUAGGUUUUUCAAAACCCCUCCUGGUUGUCAUCACGAGUGAAGCCUACCGCAGUUUUAUUGGGAAUUAUAUUGUCCUGAAAUGAUUUUGAUUCGCUGAAUCCAACACCGUAUGCUGUAAUUGCUGUGCCAUGUGUAUGCUCAUUGUGAAAAAAAAUAAUCAGAUUCAACCUUUUCAUGGUGUCAAUCCCCGUUCAUGGAUUGACAACAUGAUCAAACAACAUAUGAUAAAGUAGACUCCAUUUUCACUUUGUGAUGUGCAACUGUUGGGUUGCAUCCUUUUCCAUUGUUUCAUUUGCAUCAGCUGAAAAGAGCAUGCAACUCAGAAUACAGACAUCAGUGAUUUAUAAAAUAUUUCAUUAUAGAUGAUAAAAUAAAUGUAACUUGAUAAACACA